AUGAAAACACAAAAUAAAGAAAAAGAUGUUACUGAUACAAAGGCCCAGGAAACCUUAGAUCCGGCAGGUGUGGGUGAGCUCGCCACACAGGUCGUCAUCAUUAGCUCCGGAAAUGCGCAAUCGAACUUGGAAACGGCAUACUUGGAUAAUAAAGACACGGUUAUUAACGGACACUGCUACGAAGUCCCCCUUAGACUCAGGGGUGGCGGUGACAAUGAUACGGAGAUGGCACAAGCUGCCAGCACAAGUGGUGACAUGGGCAACGCAAGCCGUCUUAAGCGCGGCCCACCAUCACCGGGCUCGCCAAACGGACAAUCCGCUAAACAGCUAAGAGCAGCUGCAAAGAACCCGGGAGAGCUCGACGAGCUAAUUGGCUGGCUUGAACAAACUGUUGUCCAAGAGAAAGAAAAGAAAAAGCUGGCUAUCACAGUUGCCGAGAAGAUGCUCAGUAAUCUCAGCCGCUUAAGGACACUAACGAGAUCCAUUACACACGAAAACAGUAGGCUCGCUGGUGAGAUAAAGGGCAAAGAGGACGCCCAGAGGGAAAGCCUCACAGUCUUUAUUAAUAAACUAGACGCAAAGAACGCAGAAACAAACAGCCUCACGGCUGAGCUGGCGGCACUGAAAAGUGCUAGGGUAGCGCCAGUCCAAGAACCCCCUAGAGUGACAUACGCCGCUAGGACAGCGGCAGUUGCACCACCGGUAGUAACAGCAACAGCUGCUCCUGCUGCUACUACAAAGUCCAAGAAGGCGAAGGAAAGGAGCCAGCUGGAAAAAAGCAGAAGGGUUAAAGCCACUUCCCGAUUCAUGGUGGAAAUUCCCCAGGAUAUGACGGUUGAAAGCGUAAAGGCCGGCGUGUGGCAAACCGUAAAAGGCAAAAUCAACAAUCCUAAAGCUAAGACAAUAGUAAGCGGAAAGAACCUAAUUAUUAUACCAGACAAUUCCAACACGUUGGAGGUGAUGCGAGGCCUCGAACAUGCCAUCGAAAUAGGCCCGAGGAAGCCGAGGGUCAUCAUCUACGAUGUUGACAAGGGUAUGCCCAAAGAGGAGCUCAUCGAGUGUAUACUAACACAAAACACGGAGCUUGGCCUCACAAACGAAGACCACAGCAACAUUACUCCGUUGCACAAACUAGGACCUCGGAGCAGCGACACGGUCCAUUGGGUGGUAGAGGUAUCUCCUAGUGCGCUCAAGAAAGUAGAAGAUAAGGCACUAUACAUUGGCAUGAUGCGAUGCAGGUGCAAAGCACACAGCUAG